GGAGCUCGAACAGAUGGCGAAGGAGCAAGACAGGGAGUCGGAGAAGCAAGCCUUGCUGCGGGAGGUGGAGAACCACAAGAAGCAGAUGCUCAGGGGUUACCGUCAUACUACAACAUUGUGCUCUUGUGAUUUCAGCAAUCAGGCAGCUUGGAGAAAGGCAAAUCUAGCUUGCAAAAUUGCUAUCGACAACUCUGAGAAAGAUCAACUGCUGCAGGGAAGAGAUUCCUUAAGACAAAGGAAGACCACAAAGGAAAGUCUGGCAGAGAGUGCAAGUAACAUCACGGAGAGUCUGAUGGGCAUUAGCAGGAUGAUGUCCCAGCAAGUCCAGCAGAGUGAGGAGACUGUGCAGACCCUAGCCAAUUCUUCACGAACCAUCCUGGAAGCAAAUGAAGAAUUUAAGUCCAUGUCUGGGACAAUUCAGUUGGGGCGAAAGCUAAUAACAAAGUACAAUCGCAGGGAACUGACGGACAAGCUGCUCAUCUUUCUCGCCCUUGCCUUGUUCCUGGCCACGGUGCUCUAUAUUUUGAAAAAAAGACUCUUUCCAUUUUUGUAAAACUCCAAAGCUAAACUGAACUAUUACCGAAGAUCAGAAAGAGAUGGCAUAAUGAUGGUAGGGCUUUUAAAUAAAAUAAUAAAGGGAUAUUGCAAUAGCUAAAAGAGUGUUAGAGCAGGCAUGACUUUAUACUGUCCCCAUGCAGCGUACGACCUGCUUAAGAAGAGCUUAAAUGAGCA